AUGGCGACUGCCGAGAAGACCCAGGAGCAGCAGAAGCAGUUCAAGGUGCCCGAUGAGUACGAAUCAGGCGAAGACUAUGACAGUGCCGAUGACAUUGAGUACUCCGAAGACGAGGCCGACGACCAGCCAGCCCCGAAGAACCAGCAGCUCCAGCGCCGACGGCCAAAGCAGCAGCCCCAAAAGCAGCUGGAUGAGUAUUCCGACGACGACGACGACUAUGAAUCUGAGGAAUACGAUGACGACUACUCCGAUGACGACCUGAUGCAGGGCAAGUCCAUGCAGCCCUAUUCGCAGGGCACCACCAAUAUGGCCCCGACGGGCGGCAUGAACGUCAUCAACGAGGAGAAGAAGAGCCUCCUCGACGAGGAAGGCAUGAAGCUGAAGCUGGAAUUGAAUUUAGAGAUUGAAGUGGAACUCAAGGCUCGCAUCCACGGCGACUUGACUCUGGCUCUGAUGUAA